AUGAAGUCCGAUCGUUUUUUCGCAUCCAAAGUGACGUGCUUACUGUGUCGGGAUAAUCAUCUGUUUAUCGGAUUAUAUAUCCAACAAUCAGCAAUCGAUAAUAUCGAUAGUAAAAGUCUGAUUGUUGAAUUCGACAUCUGUACUCCAGAUAAACCCGAAAGACCUGCACAACUGGAUUCACUUUUUGAGGAGUGCAAAGAUUACAUACAACAGAAACAGACGAAUGAACGGAUAGCAUGUGGAAAAGCGAUAAAGCUCUUAAGUCACAUCUUGGCUGAUUUUCAUCAAAAAGAUGGCAGCUGUGUAGCGUUUGAUUUGACAGAGCCGGGCUCGCUGUUCGCAAAUACGCUACAGUGGCAAACGGAUGGGAACUUUUAUCCACUGAGGACAGCAGCUUACGACACAUCAUUUAUAGCAGUGGCCAACAAAUUUAACACUGACCAGCUUGCUGUUGUUGGACUGGGCACAGUUCUUUCUCAAAUUGACAAGUACUGCUUUUUGUGCGUUUUCGCUGUGCAUCGCCAAAGCACUGUUGCUGUGAACAACCCAAGCUGGAACGCGCCAGGCUUGCCGAUGCGAUCGUGCAUUUUUGUACUAAACUCACAGAUCGCUAAUAGCAGGAAUGAUCCCUAA